AUGCUAUGCCACCUUCAGUGCCUCUGCCUGGUAAGUCCUUCCCCUGUGCCACCUCCCACUCCCCACUGAGGAAACCCCCAUUAUCUCAUCCCCAUUCACCACUGCCUCACUUUUUCUCUUUUUGAUAGGUCAGUGAACAAUUUCCUGAUAACAGGUCCCAAGGCCUACCUGACCUACACGACCAGCGUGGCCCUGGGUGCCCAGAGUGGCAUUGAGGAGUGUAAGUUCCAAUUUGCUUGGGAACGCUGGAACUGCCCGGAAAAUGCUCUCCAGCUCUCCACGCACAACAGGCUGAGAAGUGCCACCAGGGAGACUUCUUUCAUUCAUGCCAUCAGCUCUGCAGGAGUCAUGUACACCAUCACCAAGAACUGUAGCAUGGGCGAUUUUGAAAACUGUGGCUGCGAUGAGUCAAAAAAUGGAAAAACGGGAGGUCAUGGCUGGAUCUGGGGAGGCUGCAGCGACAAUGUGGAAUUUGGGGAAAGGAUCUCCAAACUCUUUGUGGACAGCUUGGAAAAGGGAAAGGACGCUAGAGCCCUGAUGAAUCUUCACAACAACAGGGCAGGCAGACUGGCAGUGCGAGCCAUCAUGAAAAGGACCUGCAAAUGUCAUGGCAUCUCCGGGAGCUGCAGCAUCCAGACCUGCUGGCUGCAGCUGGCUGACUUCCGGGAGAUGGGGGACUACCUGAAGGCCAAGUAUGACCGGGCCCUGAAAAUUGAGAUGGAUAAGCGGCAGCUGAGGGCUGGCAACAGCGCUGAGGGCCGCUGGGCACCUGCUGAGGCCUUCCUUCCCAGUGCAGAGGCAGAGCUGAUCUUUCUAGAGGAGUCGCCAGAUUACUGCACCCGCAAUUCCAGUCUGGGCAUCUCUGGCACAGAAGGUCGGGAGUGUCUGCAGAACAGCCGCAACGCAUCCCGGUGGGAGCAGCGCAGCUGUGGACGCUUGUGUACCGAGUGUGGCCUGCAGGUGGAAGAGAGAAGAACUGAGGCCAUCAGCAGCUGUAACUGCAAAUUCCAGUGGUGCUGUACAGUCAGGUGUGACCAGUGCAGGCGUGUGGUGAAUAGGUACUACUGCUCCAGCUCCCCGGGCCACGUGUGGUCCGGACGCAAGGCCAGCGCCUGA